GACUUAAUAAUACAAUGCUAGGAAACGGUAAACAAAAAUGGCAUCCGCACAAGCCACAAUAGUUGAAGAUUUGAAAGACAAACGUGUACCCUCUGCUCUUUAUUGGACCACGGAGCAUGUAGCAGAUUGGGUUGAAGAGCUUGGUUUCCCACAGUAUAAAGCCUGCAUCUUGACAAAUUUAAUCAAUGGUCGCAAACUGUGUUUUCUUCAUGCCUCUGCCUUCCCACGAAUAGGUAUCACAGAUUUUGAGCAUAUCAAGAUUAUUUCUAAAAACAUAAGAGACCUGAUCUAUUUAGAGGAACCUUUUUGGAACAGAAGCAUUGCUGUUCCUCCAAAGAAUAAUUUAGGCAUGUACCUGGAGCUGAAGUCACAUACUGGCAAAACUAUUGACACAACCACUUUCAAACAGAUGUAUCAAAAUAAUCCAGAUCCGAAAUGGCAGCCUCCAUUAUCCAACCAGUGUCUUAUUUUACCAAGAGAUUAGUUUUUGUAGUGUGUGUUUUUUUUUAGUGCUUUUUUAUUUGUACAGAU